GGAGGAGGGGUGGGAGGCAAUAGACAACACAGUUUUUUUUUCUGUUCUCUGCUCUGUUUGCUUGCGCGCCUUUACAGUUGAAUUCAUUCAUAUCUGCAGCCAGAAUGGAGGAGACGUCGCAACAGGAGAAUUUACAAGAAGUGGAGAAUAAAAACCAACUUGAGGAGGAAGGCGGGAUCCGGCGGCGACUGAGAGACAGGGAGCUUCUCAGGAAGAGAAAAGCCGAAGCAGAAGAGAAGGAAACUAACCAGUGGGUUUUUGGGGUGGAGAGCCAGAGGAAAAGGUCAAGAGGCGAGAACAAGAGUGGGACCAAGAGGAGAGGGAGGCCUCGGAAGACCGACCCUGUCCUGCAGUUCCCAGUGAUUCAGGAUGAGACUGCAGAGGCCAACUCGGGUCAAAUACUGACCUCUCAGACUGGCGUCCCAGCUGUGGAGUCACAACAAGCUCCAGAUGUAGAUGCACCUGCUCCUGUGUCAGUCCGAAACUCACUUUUUGAGAAGCUAGAGGUAGAUUUUGCUCCAGUUCCUGCCCAGUAUUCAGCUCCAGAUGUGCAGGUUCCAAUACAAAAUCCCUAUGCCGCUUCAGUCCCAGUACAAGCUCAAUACGCAGCUCCAGAACCAGUACAAGAUCCCCAUGCUGUGUCAGUCCCAAUACAAGCUUCCUAUUCUGCUCCAGUCCCAGUAAAACCUCAAUAUUCUGUCCCGGUCCCAGUAAAAGCUCCCUAUGCCGCUCCGGAACCAAUACAAGUUCCCUAUGCUGCUUCAGUCCCAGUAAAAGCCUCCUACAUGGUACCAAUCCCAGUUCAACCUCCUGAUGAUGACCCAUUUGAAGUUCAAACCUCCGAUGAUGUCCCAGUUCAAUUUCCAGAUGCUUCUCCAGUCCGAGCUCCAUCCCAGGACGUUCCAGCUCCUCCCCAGGUGGAGGCGCUCUACCCAGAGUCUCCAGACAGUGAGACCCCAGACCAGGUUCUGAUAGAAGACUUGGGCCCGGAUGAUGAAGAGGACGUCUCUCCUUCAGAAAACGACAGAGCAGAUGAAGGUUUAGAUGAAACUCCACUGAUGAACACGGUCGACCAAAACAAAAUAUACUCUGUCCCAACGCUGUCCAGCCCUCCUCUGCCUCAAGAAUACCUGCCAGGGAAUCAGAUAUAAACUUUCCCCAUCAAAUGUUGCUUCAGUCCAGAUCAAGAAAACCCAGAUCCCUUUUUUUCUUGUUUAAGGUCUCACUGUGUGUCUCAAGUUUAUUUUGGUUAGUGUGCUUUUCUUAUUGCAGAGAGACAAUUGUUAUUGCUCAUGUGGAAAAAAAAUGCUUGAAUGCAAACCAUACCUGCAUUGGUUAUUUAUUCUGAAAUGUGCUUCACUGCAAACUAAUACAAAUUUGUCUUUUAUUUUUUUGUACUUCGCAUUGAGUAAAGAGCAAAAUUUUACUUUCAUUAUCUAAUGAAAGAAUAACUUGUAAUUGUAUGUGUAAUAGUGGAUUGUCUUUCAUUUAAUUUUGUAAAAACAAUUUAAUAAAAUUCCCUGCUUA